AUCACAGCAGAGGCCAGAGAGAGAUGUGUCGCUGAUGAAAGAUAAGUGAGUGAGUGAGACCACACCUCUUUCGUCUCCUCCACUCUCCUUUCCGCGGCUUCCCACCCCCAGUCUCUCCCUCACUUUUUCAGCCGAAGCAGCAGCAGCAGAAGCAGAAGCAUUGUCGAUCCACCACCCAUCUCUCCUCACGUGGAGAGAGAGCUUCGCUGGUCGCUGCUAGCUAGCUCCCCGCGCGCGAAGAUUUCACCGCGACGACGCCCAAAGAAAGCGAGCUUUUGGUGCCAAUCUCUUGGAGCAUUGCGUGGUGCGCACUGCGCAGCAGGAGGGAUCGAUAUAUCCACGGUCUAUCGGCCCCCCCCCCCCCCCCCCCCCAAAUCCUGCCUGCAACUGCGACGCACGCUAGAGAGGAGGGAGGGAGGCACAGCGGCAGGCGGCAGCUAGAGCUUAGCUCCUGCGACGUCCACUGCUCUCUCGCUCUCGCAUGGAUAUUAUUGCCCAAUCUUGCGCUAGCUAGCUUCCUCUCCUCCCUCCCAUGUUGCGCUAGAGACGCACGCGUAGCACCAACGCGAGCGCCAGGCCGCCAGCUGCUUGUGGUCUCGCGCUCUCUCACUAGCUAGCUUGCUGCAUCCUAUCUAUUCUUUCGAGGAAGAGGAAGGCAACAAGCUUAGCUUAGCUACCAAGGCAGGCAGCAAGAAGGGAGGAGGAGGAGAGGUUGCAUUUGCACGUCGUGACACGGACGAGAGGCCACGCGCGGGUUCGUUCAAUCGGGCAUGGCGCUUGACACCCUGUGCAGCGCCGGCGGCGACGUCCUCAUCUACGACACGUUCAACGCCUCCGCCGCGGCGGCGGCGGCGGUUGUGCCGCCGGCGAGCUUCCUCUUCGGGAAUAAUAAUGCCGGCGGCGCGGCGGGGACGGAGACGAGGGUGCAGGUGGCGGCCGGGGCGGUGCCGGAGGUGGACCAGCUGCUGAAGCAGGCUCAGCAGCCGGGGAGGAGGAAGCGGCGGCGGCGGGCGAGGAGCUGCAAGAGCCGGGAGGACGCCGAGAGCCAGCGGAUGACCCACAUUGCCGUCGAGCGCAACCGCCGCCGCCAGAUGAACGAGUACCUCGCCGUGCUCCGGUCGCUCAUGCCGGAGUCCUACGUCCACCGGGGCGACCAGGCGUCCAUUGUCGGCGGCGCCAUUGAUUUCGUGAAGGAGCUCGAGCAGCUGCUGCAAUCCCUCGAGGCGCAGAAGCGCACGCUGCUGAUGCAGCCGCCGCCGCCACCGCAGCAGCAGCGGGAGCCCAAGUGUGAUGCCGCGGACUCCACGAGCGCGGCCGAUCAGGAGACUCCGGCGGCGGCGGCGGCGGCGGCGGCGGCUGAUGGACCGCCGUUCGCGCGGUUCUUCACGUACCCGCAGUACGUGUGGUGCCACAACCCGGCGCAGGACGGCGGCGGGGGCGGGGGCGCGGCGGCGGAGAACCGCGCCGGAGUGGCGGACAUCGAGGUGAGCCUUGUGGAGACGCACGCCAGCAUCCGGGUGAUGGCGGCGCGGCGGCCGGGGCAGCUGCUCAAGAUGGUCGCCGGCCUGCAGGCGCUCCGGCUCACCGUCCUCCACCUCAACGUCACGGCCCUCGGCUCGCUUGCCCUCUACUCCAUCAGCGUCAAGGUGGAGGAAGGGUGCGGCAUGGCGACGGUGGACGACAUCGCAGCGGCGGUGCACCACGUGCUCUGCAUCAUCGACGCCGAGGCGGCGUCGCAGAUGCUGCUCGCCGGGGAGGCCUCCGGUUAGCGUGGCCACCUAGCAAGAUAGGCGCGCGGCGGCGGCCGGUGUAACAAAUCUGUAAAGUGUAGCGGAUCUCGAUCGAUCUCUCCCCUCCCGUAGGCGAGUCGGGUGAUUUGGGGGUCGGUGGCGUAGGGCAAAAGCCCGUGUAAGUGCAAUAACAUGCGGCCCGUUGUAAUCCUAGCCGGUUUUUUUUUUUUUUUGCCGUCGAGUGUGUGCGUUUUGCGGUUUUCUCGGCGGAAGUCGACGUGGAAUCCGGGGGAGUGAGACGGUGAAGAGAGGGUUUUUUUAUCCUUGCUUGUCCCUCCAUGUUGGGCCGACUAGGUACACAGCCUAUGGGCUUGAGAUUAGCACAUGGUCCGGCCCAAUUGAACACAGGAUUUUCUUUGAGUAGUUGGAGUCAUAAUCUUAGGGCAGGUUUGACAGACUUAA